AUGAAUUCUGAUUCAACAGUGAAUUUUCUCGCCUAUUUUGGUGAUAAAAUUAAUUUUUAUUUUCCAAUUAUCAUUAUUACUUUUGGAACUAUUGGAUGUUUCUGCAGUUUUAUUACUUUUACUUCUCGUAAGUUAAGAAAAACUUCAUGUUCACUUUAUUUUAUUGGUGAAGCUCUAUUUGAUCUUGUUACACUUGAUUUUGGAACAGUAACACGAUUUCUUUAUGAUAAUUAUGGAUAUGACGUACAGAUUCAAUCAGAAAUUUUUUGCAAACUACGAAUGUAUAUUGCUAAUGCUUCACCUGCAAUUGCUACAUGUUUUAUUGUCCUAGCAGCAAUGGAUCGUUUUAUGUCAACUUCAUCAAAACCUGUUUAUCGCUCAUUUGCUACAAUAAAGCGUGCUAAAUGUAUAGCUGCUUUUUCUCUAAGCAUUUGUUUAUUGUCAUAUCUACAUUAUAUGAUUUUUGCUGACUUGAAACCUAUGUGUAUUUUACAAAAAGGUGCAUAUAGUGUCUUUACAAUAGUAUUUAGUAUAAUAUGGACAUCAUUUAUUCCACAUUUUCUUAUGCUUUGCUUUGGAUUUGGUACACAAUAUCAUCUUCGUAUGACACGACGUCGAGUUCUUCCCAUCAAUAGUCAACAAAGACGAUUGCAACGUAUAGAAACACAACUUAUUACAAUGACACUAUUUCAAGUUAGUCUAUCAUCUUUAUUAAUUUUAACUCGAAUGUCUUAUUAUUCAUACAAUGUAAUUGCAAGUGGUACAGAUAGAACAGCUUAUGAAGAAGCAUUGGAUAAAUUUUUCGCUAAAUUAACAACACAAUUCUUCUAUUUAAAUUAUGCUAAAUCAUUUUAUGUUUAUAUAUUAUGUAGCAAAUAUUUUCGAACACUAUUCAUGGAAAGAAUCAAAAAAAUUUAUCGUCGAUUAAUUCCUUGUAGAACGAAUAAUACAGAUAGACGUCAACGAAAUUCAAAUGCAUAUAUUAAUAGAAGUUUACAAGCAAGACAUGUACAAAGAAACGCUUGA